AUGGAUGAAGCAGCAGGUGCUUCAAGAACGAAGGAGCCCGACGUGGAGACGAGUGCUGUCGGUAGCGGCGGCUCUUUGCCAGCUUCAGACUUGGAGGAGGAGGUCCGCCACCCGAAUGGCGGCGGAGUUGAUGGGGGCGGCCGGACGGGUGCGGGACCGCCCCGCGCCGCCGGCAGAGGGUUCGGGGGGGUGCAGGUCCCCGUCGCGGUCGAGCGCCCCAGCCCUGGCCCCGUGCUCGUAUCCUGCGAUCCCGGUGAGGGCGGAAUCCAGGGUUUUAGGUGGUAUUCAAGGAGAUUGCGAAUUGAUGAAGAUGGUGAUGUGGCAGAUGAGUUCUUGAGUGAAGUCAUAGCUGAGAUCCCUCCCACUGAGAACCAGAUAACACCACCUAAGUUCCAGGUAAAGUACAACACCAGGCCUACUGCCAUGGCGAUGAGAAAACAGGUCACUGUUGCCGACGGGAACCUACGUCAGAGCUUAGAGCACCAAGGAAGAUUGCAAUGGGUGUGAUGAGAAAUCAACUCAGCGAGCUGCAGAUAUCGAGAAUUUCCAGUGAUGAAUCAAAUUGCCCUUUUGUCCAGCAAUACCCAAGUCCUAUUUAUUCAACAUUUUCAGUAGGUGGUGGGUGGUUGAAUUGAUACUGCUGCCAAUACAAAACUAGCCUACCCUGUGGUUUGCUUUGCACUUCUCAGUGAUCCAUUAUAAAUCUUUACCUGUACAAAAUUCAUGUAUUCAAAUGUUUACUAGUCAAAUUCAAGGAUGGUCUUCUAAUGAAGGUUUUGAUGUUUUUAUUUUCUUUC